AUGCCAAGGUCCAAGAAAACCGGUGCGAGGAACCAGAAAGCCAUGGCUGAUAAAGAGAAGGCUCUGGCAGUGCGAGCGGUACAGAAUGAGCAAGCAGAAGCAGCGCGGGAGGCCAAGAAGGAGCUAAAAGAUGCAGCACGAGCUGCCAAGAAGGAUCAAGAAAACGCAGCGCGAGCAGCCAAGAAAGAGCAGGACAAGGCUGCGCGUGAUGCCCGUCAAGCUCGGCGAGAACAACGACAGGAUGGGCAGCCCUCUCUUGAGGAAGAAGAGCGCACCAUACGGCGGAUCAAUUUGCCUCCGACCACCUGGAACGAUCUCCUCAAUCAUUGCGCAAGGGUCGUCCACAGCAUGUCGUUGGCCAGUCCGAGUGACAACGUUACCGCGCGGACGGUAAAAGCUUUCGGCAAAGCUGUGGCUGCUAGGUGGUCAGGAUAUGUUUCGUAUCAACUGCUUUUUAGGAGCUUCGAAGAAGCCAACAGGGAGGGAGAAGUUCAGCCGAUGCGGAAACUGGCCCCCAAACUAGAGCCCAACGUGGAGUUUACGUUUGAUGAACUCGAGGGGAUGCUUUUCGCGUACGCAGGCAGUAUGGAAACUUACGACCCCAAAUGUAAGAAGGUCAGGGACAUGGUGCUCAGAACAAUCCAACAGAUCAAAGAAGUCAAGAGUGGUGUCAAGAAAGAGGAAGAUCCGAAAGAGCCAUGCCUUUCUUCCCCCGAUCCGCGGAUGACUCGCGCCAUGAGUCGCGAACCAAAGACCGAGGAGCCCGAAGAGAUAGGUCUCACGCAUAUUGAUCGCCUUGUCGAUGGCGAUAUUCUUGCAGAUAUCACUUUACUUUUGGCCGAAUACAAGAAGACUCUCGUGCGCCUCCUAGUUCCCAAUCUAUCACUUCGUACUAACUCUUUUGCUGACACUCGGCCACAGAGCAAUGACGGUAAGGACUUCACGAAGCUUGACACGGUGAUGAAUAGCCUCUGGAAGUGUCCGCCGGCUCCAAGCUUCGACCCGAAGCAGCCUCCUCGUGAUCUGGACGAGUUCAAGGCACGCAUCGCACCUUGGGUCCCGAAGGCGGUUGAGCGCCUCUCCCGGGCGACCACUCGCUAUGAAGCCAGCCUUGACGCUGUGGUUGGCUCGCUUCUGGCGUGCAAUUUCACCGCCGAAGGGGGGUUCUCUCUCCGCGCACAAUGGAAGCUCAACGAGCCGUUGUAUGCAUGUGCUGAUACGAACACCGUCUCCAACGGCCGUGACUCUUUGGAGCGAGAAGUUUCCGGCAACUUCAUCAUCCCAGAGUUCGUCAUCAUGUGCGUGGAUGACAGCGGGAAGAUUAUCAAGAUCAUCCUCGUUGUGGAGGACAAGCGUACCGCCAGUCCAAUUCUCCAGCUUCGGAAAUACGCCUUGUGGCUUGCUAAGGAAUAUCCCGAUGUGGUCGGUCUCGGCUGUCGACUGGCACCUGCAACCGAGGGCGACGGGGUUCAAGCUCUCAUCUGCCGUUCCGACCGUGAAGGUGGAUUUGGCCUCCAAUACAAGACGAGUGAUGACGCAAGUUUCUGGUAUUCGAUCACCGACGAUUUCAUCCUCGAGACUCUCUUCGACCUCUGCGUCGCGAACUGGCGCUUGGCCGAUACUAAGAUGAAGGCCAACUAG